GGCGCGGCCGAGGGGCGCGGGCGCAGCCGGAAGCUGGGGCGGGGCGCCCGCGCGGGAUGCGGUGAAGGGCAAGCGGCGCGGCGGCGGCGGCGAUGAGUGCCUCGGCGGCCACAGGGGUCUUCGUGCUGUCCCUCUCGGCCAUCCCGGUCACCUACGUCUUCAACCACCUGGCGGCCCAGCACGAUUCCUGGACAAUUGUAGGGGUGGCUGCCCUCAUCCUGUUCCUGGUAGCCCUGUUGGCUCGUGUCCUGGUCAAAAGGAAACCACCCCGGGACCCACUGUUCUAUGUGUAUGCAGUUUUUGGAUUUACCAGCGUGGUGAACCUCAUCAUAGGACUGGAACAGGACGGGAUCAUUGACGGCUUCAUGACAUACUACUUGAGAGAGGGUGAACCGUAUCUGAACACGGCCUAUGGGCACAUGAUCUGCUACUGGGAUGGCUCUGCUCAUUAUCUGAUGUAUCUGGUGAUGGUGGCAGCCAUAGCCUGGGAGGAAAGUUAUAGAACCAUUGGCCUAUAUUGGGUCGGAUCUAUUAUUAUGAGCAUUGUUGUUUUUGUGCCAGGAAACAUUGUAGGGAAGUAUGGAACACGCAUUUGCCCUGCUUUUUUCUUAAGCAUACCAUAUACUUGUCUUCCUGUCUGGGCUGGUUUCAGAAUCUAUAAUCAGCCCUCAGAAAAUUAUAAUUAUCCCUCAAAGGUCAUUCAAGAAAUCCAAGCGAAAGAUCUGCUGAGAAGACCAUGUGAUUUAAUGUUGGUUGUGUGUCUCCUUCUGGCAACUGGAUUUUGCCUGUUUAGAGGCUUGAUUGCUUUGGAUUGCCCAGCUGAGCUCUGCCGAUUAUAUACGCAAUUUCAAGAGCCCUACCUAAAGGAUCCUGCUGCUUAUGCUAAAAUCCAGAUGCUGGCGUAUCUGUUCUAUUCCGUCCCUUACUUUGUGAUGGCGCUCUAUGGCUUGGUGGUUCCUGGAUGCUCCUGGAUGCCUGACAUAACACUGAUACAUGCUGGAGGUCUAGCUCAGGCUCAGUUUUCUCACAUCGGUGCUUCUCUUCAUGCUAGAACUGCUUAUGUCUACAGAGUCCCUGAAGAAGCGAAAAUCCUUUUUUUAGCAUUAAACAUAGCAUAUGGAGUUCUUCCUCAGCUCUUGGCCUAUCGCUGUAUCUACAAACCAGAGUUCUUCAUAAAAACAAAGGCAGAUGAAAAAGUUGAAUAAAAGCAUUAUUUUAUGUUCUUUCUCUCUAGAUUACUGACUUUUGUUAUUUUGGUACCAAUAUUUGGUCCCAUUCCACUCUCUUCCCAUACAGGAACAUUUAAGAAUACAUAAAUUCUUGCUCCGUACUGUAUAUGUGAGCUAUCAUAGGAAUUAUGUGGAUAAAUUUUCUUUUUUUGAAGGAAAAUUGAAGUUAUUCAGAAAGCUUGUUUAAAGAAAUAUAUUUCAAGUUAUUUGUGAAUAAACUUGACCACCUAUCUCAAUAUUCUGUUUGCACACUUUAAAUAUAAGUGAAAAAUUACAAUUUAGCUCCUAUAAUAGUGAGCAUGAAAAGGAAACUGUUCAAAAGUGAAAAUGGUCUAUGCAUAUUAAAAAUUUCAAAGUAGCAAAUACAGAUGGAGAAAUAUUUUUGCAUAUAAGAUCUAUAUGUUUCAUUAUCAACCUCAAUAUAAAAGACAAAUUAUCAGAAUAUUUAAAAAUGUUGUUUGAAAAAUGUUUUCCCAAGGAAAGUAUAUUAUUUACUGCUGUUUCAAAAAUUGCUUUUACUGAAAUUUUUCUGUGAGUCUAAGUAGCUAAGGAGGGAUCUAUAACUUUAUCAUUACCCUUAUUUUAUUGAUGACUGGAAAUGUUUCUAUUGUAUUUCUGUGUAUAUUUUUAAUAAAUUAUUUUUGGUCUUUUAUGAAGACAAAUCUUACUAAAUUUGAAACAUUUUGUAUAUUUUUUUUCAGAAAAAGUUCUGUAGUCUUUACGCCUUUUGUUUUAAAAAUCUGUCAGCUAUAUUUCCAGUUCAAAAUGUCAUCUAUAUUCUCAUGUUUUAGUGUGAGCAAUGAAGAGGACUUUUCAUGAAUUAAUUAAAUUUCAUUACUUUUAAAUUAAAAUAUUCAAAAUUAAAAAGUACCUUUUAAGGAAAAAGAAGUGGACUGGCAUUCCUACUAUCUUUUAAUGAACUUUUCAUAUUUGGAAAUGUGAGUGAGUAUAAUAGAGGAAAAUCAAUAUUUGCUAAAAGUCAGAGAAACAAAGCAAAAAUCCAGCCGCCGCCUCAGAGCCCGGGAGUGGUAAGUGGCGCUUUCAUGCCCUCAGCUGCCAUCAUCACCACCACCACCACCACUACCAUCAUCAUCAUCAAUGGCCCUAAGCUUUUAGGGCCACUCAUGUUUUUCCUUCAUGUUAUUUACAAGCUCUUCACCAAAAUAAGAAAACCAAAAGAAAAUGGGGUCCAAAUCACUGCAUGGAUAAUGUCAAGUGUGUGAAUUUAGGGUCCACUGAACUGGUAAGUAUCUUAGACGUGCAAGCAAUCAUGUAGCCAGUUCCUCUCCCUCCCCACAGUGUUUAAAAAAAACCCUAAAAUCCAUACAGUGUUUAAAAAAAAAAGAAAACCCUCACCUGCACUUGAUUCUAUUGUCAACUUGCUGUUAACAAUUUUUGCUUUAAUAUAUGAAUUACAUUAAUACCUCACAUUACAUAUAUGAAGCCAAAUUACACUAACUUAGUUGUUUACAACCUCAAACCUUACUCCCAGUACACAUUCCAAUAAAUUUAUUCUGUAAAAACAAUACAUUUUUUUGUUUUUGAUUUUUUUUUUACAGUAAACUUUUCAACUACAAACCUCGAAUACGCGAAAGAUGUUCCAAGGACAAGCAUAACAGGACUGAUAAAACCCAAACUGACUAAAUGUGUUCUCACAAUAUAAGCUGGCAUAAAAAUAAAUAAAAUUUUCUGUUAUCACAAUUGCAACAAUAAUGUACACAUAAUAAUGGUUUGUGGAUGAGUAUUAACUAUUCUAAUUCUAGUUCCAAAAGAAAACAACCGAUCAUUUUAAAAGUCUAUAUUUAAAAGUCAGUGCUUUGUCUUACUUCCCAUAGGGCUACUGCUGAUUCCAGCUUUAAAAUGUAAAGAAUCCAGCUUGAGUGAUUAGCUCAAAUUGUAUUGAGAUUGGGAAAAAAUAAAUCAUUGCCUUUAUUUUGGAGUAACACAAAAGACUCACUAACUUCACAUAUAGAAACUGAGUUUGCGUACGUUAACAACAUGAGUUUUGAGAAGUAUAAGCUGUCAACUAGCUAUUUCUAAUACGGAAUAGAUAUUUUACAAUAUGAUUAAACUUUACACAUGGCCUCAAAACUGAAGAACAAUUUUAAGUUUAUCUUCAAUAUGCCAACAUUGUGUAUCUAGGAAUUGGUUCCUGGGUUCUGUCACAGAGAGGAAAUCCCUUAAGCAUUAUGUUGAGUGGUCAUUUUAAAAAAUGCUAAGUUAUAUUUAACUGAGUGUUUGGUGAUGGUGGAGUAAAGGCAGGAGACUGAUGAACAUAACUGCCUUGAUAAAGGAUCCUAGACUUGUAUAAGCUUGUGCAAAAAUCUGGAUAAUCCUUAGUGGUUAAGGGCAACUUCAUGCAACCAAAUAACAUGAAAUUAAAUCAAUAACCUUAAAAAAGGCUAAAAUGUCUUUUUUCCCCCAAACACAACAGAGAGGAAUGUGAAUAAUGUACAUACAAACUGGGGUUCUGUCAAUGACAACAAGGACUAUGUGUUGGUUCAUAUCAAAUCCAAGAAUAUUAGACAACCAAACGUAUAACCUUCUUGUGGUUUUCUUAAUAUGCAGCAUUCAUUAUGGUAGUUAGGUCUGAAAAAAAAAGAAAGAAAACAAGCCUUUAGAUGAUUUUGGAUAUUAAGAAUAAAAGCUAGCCACACCUUUAUAGUAUAUAACUGGGUUUUCUGAGAUUCCAACCUGCACUGCAGCAUUAACAAUACUUAGCAAGAACAGCCCCUGAGGCUCUGCUUUAUACCUAUUAGUGCAAAAAGCUAAAGGAAUGACUAGGGCAUUUUUAGUGUUCCAUUAAGAAAAAAAAAAGGGGGGGGCUUCCCUGGUGGCGCAG